AUGUCUGGUCGUGACACUGCCGAAGCCGGUGACAUUCGAGCCAAACUGCUUCGAACAGAAAUAGAAUUGUCCGAAAAGAAGGAGGAGUGCGGAAUAUUAGAUCGUCGAGUUCAGGAAUUCCAGUUGACCUUAUCUCAGGUUACAUCAGAAUGCCAAAAGGCUUACGAUCUUUGUACUGCGCUAACCGUGGAACGAGAUUUAGCACAGCAGAAUUUGCAAGAAGCAAGGAAGAAAUUUUCCGAUUUUCAAAACGAGUUUCAGCGUGAAAUGAAAAACGACCUCAGUGUAACGGUGUCAGAACUGCGAGAGAGUUUGCGAAAUAAAGAUGAAGCUGUAAAUACUUUACGAAAGGAGAAAUCUGAAGCGGAUGCACUACUGAGCAAAACAAUGGAUGAGCGACAAGCUCUGGUUGCUGAAGUGAAAUUAUUGAAGGACAAGUUAGAGCAGACGGAACAAAAAAUGGAAGAUUUGGAAAAGCAGAAGAAAUUGCUGGAAAAUGAAAGAAACUCACAGAAGGUAAGCCCAUUCCAGGAUAAACAAAUGCCAUGGAAAAUAGGCAGGCAUAUGCAAGAACUUUUUUUGGAUCUAUUUUGGGGCAUCUAG